AAACAAAUGUAUCUCAAUUGAAACGUUAAAAUCGACUAAAUACUAAAUUAAGCUAUAACUAUUUAGUAACCUCUACCCAUCACUGAUCAAGGCGGCCAUAUUUCUUUCUUGUAUGCGUUGGAGCUCACCUAGUCAAGAUGAGUUCCCUCAAGCUGCAGAAGAGGCUUGCAGCCUCUGUUAUGCGAUGUGGUAAAAAGAAGGUGUGGCUUGAUCCCAAUGAGAUCAAUGAAAUCGCAAACACCAACUCCAGACAGAACAUCCGUAAGAUGAUCAAGGAUGGUCUCGUCAUCAAGAAGCCCGUAGCCGUACACUCACGUGCUCGCGUCCGCAAGAACACAGAAGCCAGGAGAAAGGGUCGUCACUGUGGCUUCGGUAAGAGAAGAGGUACUGCCAACGCUCGUAUGCCACAGAAGGAACUUUGGGUCCAAAGACAAAGGGUGUUGCGUAAGCUGCUCCUCAAGUACAGAACUGCCAAGAAGAUCGACAGGCAUCUGUACCACGCCCUGUACAUGAAGGCAAAGGGUAAUGUGUUCAAGAACAAGCGUGUGCUCAUGGAGUACAUCCACAGGAAGAAGGCUGAGAAGGCUAGGACUAAGAUGCUCAGUGACCAGGCUGAGGCCCGCCGUAACAAGGUCAAGGAGGCCCGCAAGCGCCGUGAAGAGCGUAUUGCCGCCAAGAAGGAGGAGUUACUGCAGACUUUCGCGCGGGAAGACGAGGCCGCGGUUACCGCCAAGAAGUGAUAGACACUUUGUAAUUAAUUUAAAAAAAUGGUCCAAUAAAUACUUUGGGUCGA